UUGCGAUCGUAGUGGUCUUGUGUAAAUAUUUCUUACCGAAAAAAAUGUUGUCGUGCCAUUGUCUCAACGUGAUCAUCGAAACUGAAGGCGACUUGCAGAAAGUCACCCCCGAAACGUUGGAGUUGUCUCCGGAGGAGGUGCAAGACAGCUUCUUCAAACAGGACAUUCAGCAAGUCGGCAAAUUAAUUAAUAUUAAUAAAUCCCACUCAGGGUUGAUUGAAACUAGAAAUGUAGGCGCUUGGGCUAUUCAUUGUUGUAUUAAUUGUGAUGUUCAUUCGCAUGCAGUACAUCGAGAAAAGGGUGCUUCCUGUGUUCUCGUCAACUCGAAGCUUUUCACCGAGCAGACUGUGAACAAGUUACAGAACAGCGAAGCCUUCUCCAAGCUGUUCAAGAUCCUCGUCAAUUCUGACGAAAUUGUUGACGACGAUUUCACGGGAAAUUCAUAUUUGCCAAACGACGUUGAAAAUGUCAUUCGGGGGCUGAAACAAAUCGCUGCUGAAGCCCUGAAGAAUGAGGCAAUCGCUGUUGAAGACAGGAUAAGACAAUUUAGUGACGAACAGUACAGGAAACUUAACGAACUGAGAGAGAGGGCCUUUAGAGAACAACAAAUUUUAACAAAAAUUAUUUUAAAUAAAUCGUCACAACAAACGAAACCUGCAAGUACAAACACGGGCAUGUCCAAUCCGCAGGGGAUGCCAUCGAGACUGAACGAACCUCUAGCGGCCGGAAGCGUCAAACCCACAUCGAACACCACCCCGAGCGCCCCGCGGCACACGCCCAAGCGCCAGAAGAGCUGCCCCCUGAACCAGGUGAACUCGUUCGACACCGAAGGCCUGUUCGAGUUCGACGGCACCGACGACAACCACUCGGGCACCGCGUCCGAAGUCGACGAAAGCGACCUGGACGAGGCGAUGAUCCGUGAAGACGGCGUUAAAAUCCCGAAACGUGGCACAAACACCGGCAUUGCCAAGUCCCUCCCGAUGACGAUUCCGGCCUUUCUGGCACAGACCCGAAACCGGAGUUUCGAAGACGUGGACGAAGCGCCACCUGUCGAAGCCAAUACGGACAUAGCGGCCAGUAUUAAGGCGCUGGCGAAAAGUGUGCACGGUGAUCCGGUUUUCGGGGAUUUACCCAAACCGAGAUACACCUACAUUUAAUAUUUAACUUCCGGUUAUCUCUUCCUGUAGCGUCGCUUAUUGGGAGGUCAUGUGACACGCUAGUCGUCGCAAUUGUUUUGUGUUGUGAAUGAGGAUUGUGAUCGAAAUUAUUUUUCUACAGAGUUCCUCGAACUGUUUUCAAGGCCAGUGGAAGGCAGCUGAGACGAGGCUGUUGCUUAUUGGGGUAAUAAGGGGGCUUGUGUGAGGUUGGCAACAAGCAAUGAUGGCCCGUUUUAAGUUACGUUGGCAAUUUUUUUGUUACUGUGUUACGUUAAAAUGACAUCAAAGUGUCAAUGAUCUGAUAUUUUUAGUCGUUACAUUUUUUACUUUUUAAAGUUUGCCAUUUCUUUUUUAAGUUUGUUGAGAUGCAUUAUGGAAACAAACGAUUGAAAACCUAUGUACAACUUAUAGUUUGUAAAUUAUUUUUAAUAGUUAAGAAU